CAGGCGGGGGCGCGCGAAGGGGGGGCUGCCCCGGGGCGGCCCCCCCACGUCGGGGCGCGGCGGGCAGGCGGCGGCGGCGGGAGCGCGUCCCGUCCGGGUGCCGAGGAGCCGCCGCCGCCGCCGCUCGCCAACAUGGCGGACCUGGAGGCCGUGCUGGCCGAUGUUAGCUACCUGAUGGCGAUGGAGAAGAGCAAGGCGACCCCGGCCGCCCGCGCCAGCAAGAGGAUUGUCCUGCCCGAGCCCAGUAUUCGGAGUGUAAUGCAGAAAUAUCUUCAGGAAAGACAUGAAAUAACCUUUGACAAAAUUUUCAAUCAGAAAAUUGGUUUCUUGCUAUUUAAAGAUUUUUGUUUGAAUGAAAUUAAUGAAGCUGUACCUCAGGUGAAGUUUUAUGAAGAGAUAAAAGAAUAUGAAAAGCUUGAUAACAAUGAAGAUCGCCUUUGUAGAAGUCGACAAAUUUAUGAUACCUAUAUCAUGAAGGAGCUCCUCUCUUGUUCACAUCCAUUCUCAAGGCAAGCUGUAGAACACGUACAAAGUCAUCUAGCCAAGAAGCAAGUGCCAUUGACUCUUUUUCAGCCAUAUAUAGAAGAAAUUUGUGAAAGUCUUCGAGGCAACAUUUUCCAAAAAUUUAUGGAAAGUGACAAGUUCACUAGAUUUUGUCAGUGGAAAAAUGUGGAACUAAAUAUCCAUUUGACCAUGAAUGAUUUCAGUGUACAUAGGAUUAUUGGACGAGGAGGAUUUGGCGAAGUAUAUGGUUGCAGAAAGGCAGACACAGGAAAAAUGUAUGCAAUGAAAUGCUUAGAUAAGAAGAGAAUCAAGAUGAAACAAGGGGAAACGUUAGCCUUAAAUGAAAGAAUUAUGUUGUCCCUUGUCAGUACAGGAGAUUGCCCUUUUAUUGUCUGUAUGACCUAUGCCUUCCAUACUCCAGAUAAACUCUGCUUCAUCCUGGAUCUGAUGAAUGGAGGUGAUUUGCACUACCACCUUUCACAGCACGGGGUGUUUUCUGAGAAGGAGAUGCGGUUUUAUGCUGCUGAAAUCAUUCUGGGGCUGGAGCACAUGCACAAUCGGUUUGUUGUUUACCGAGAUUUGAAGCCUGCAAAUAUCCUCUUGGAUGAACACGGACACGUGAGGAUAUCAGAUCUCGGUCUUGCCUGUGAUUUUUCCAAAAAGAAGCCACAUGCGAGUGUGGGCACCCAUGGGUACAUGGCGCCUGAGGUGCUGCAGAAGGGGACAGCGUAUGACAGCAGUGCCGACUGGUUCUCCCUGGGAUGCAUGCUUUUCAAACUCCUGAGAGGGCACAGCCCUUUCAGACAACAUAAAACCAAAGAUAAGCAUGAAAUAGACCGAAUGACACUCACCGUGAAUGUGGAGCUUCCGGAUACGUUCUCCCCCGAAUUAAAGUCCCUUUUGGAGGGCUUGCUCCAGCGAGAUGUUAAUAAACGGCUUGGUUGUCAUGGAGGCAGUGCACAGGAAGUAAAAGAGCAUUGCUUUUUCAAAGGCAUCGAAUGGCAGCAUGUCUACUUACAAAAGUACCCCCCACCCCUGAUUCCUCCCCGAGGAGAAGUCAAUGCUGCUGAUGCGUUUGAUAUUGGCUCAUUUGAUGAAGAGGAUACCAAAGGCAUUAAGCUUCUUGAUUGCGACCAAGAACUCUACAAGAACUUCCCUUUGGUAAUCUCUGAGCGCUGGCAGCAGGAAGUAACAGAAACUGUUUAUGAAGCAGUAAACGCAGAGACGGAUAAAAUCGAGGCAAGGAAGAAGGCUAAAAAUAAGCAACUUGGCCAUGAAGAAGAUUAUGCUCUGGGAAAAGAUUGUAUUAUGCAUGGGUACAUGUUGAAACUGGGAAACCCUUUUCUGACCCAGUGGCAGCGUCGAUACUUUUACCUCUUUCCAAAUCGACUUGAAUGGAGAGGAGAGGGAGAAUCCCGGCAAAAUUUACUGACAAUGGAACAGAUUCUCUCUGUGGAAGAAACUCAGAUUAAAGACAAAAAGUGCAUUUUGUUGAGGAUAAAAGGAGGGAAGCAAUUUGUCUUGCAAUGUGAGAGCGAUCCCGAGUUUGUGCAGUGGAAGAAGGAGUUGACAGAAACCUUCACGGAGGCCCAGAGGUUUCUGCGUCGAGCCCCGAAGUUCCUCCACAAGCCUCGGGCUGGUGUCGUGGAGCUCUCCAAGCCGCCCCUCUGUCACAGAAACAGCAACGGCCUUUAGUGCCCAGGGCAGAGAGGGUCCUGGAGAAGACUGCCUCGAGAGCGCCCACUCCCCCGGACGCAGCCCUUCCCGGAGAAGUAUGAGGAUUAGACACUGGAUCUGCUUAUCGCUGGGGUUUCUCCAUGCCUGGGAAGACCCAACGCGCCGAGAGGCUUCUGCGCCUCAACCCAGACCUCCCUGGGCUCGGGGUUGGCUUGCCCUCCCCUGCCUGGUGCCUCCCUCCUCGGGCACAUUUGUCCACACUCGAAAUCUACUGAGGAAAGGAAGGUUCUUCUUUGCUAGACACUUAUUUUUGGUACAGGCUGAACCUCAACCUUGAAAUGAUUCCUACUUAUCACUUAAAUUUUUAUGUCUGGUAUCAAACAUAUCUUAGACUUUCCAAGACGGAAUUUAAAAGUCUUCAGCGUUGGGUAAUCGAUGGCCCUGAGUGUUGCCAUAUUUUCUCUAUAAACAGUCAUUGCUGAUUUUAUACGUCUUUGUCCAUGCUACCGGGAAACGAAGGUCAAUGGUGUGUUUCUUUUCCUUCUUUUGUGCAACGGUGUGAACUUUUUACUGUCCUGGGGUAAAAAGCUGAAGAUAUUUUCUGAAAAUGUUGUACUCGGGCCUUUCACCUUGCAAGCUGCUCCUUCACCCCUCCUGCCCUGCCUCUGACAAGGACAUACUGAGGCGUUCGUGAGUAGAUGGGAAUGAAGAUAGCAUAAUCUCAAAUUUUAUGGUAUUAAUUAAUAACUUAAAGCAUCUAACAGUAGAUCACUGGAAAGGUUUACAAUGAUUCUGAAGGCAAGGGGGUAGAGUUUUAGAUUUCAGGGCAAUGGCAAUUUACAGAUUUUUUUCACGUCAUUGUUAUCUUUGAGUCGGCGGGUGUUUCUGUGCUGGUGGGUGAGUCUGUCUUCUGGGUUUCAACAAUAAGCAGUUGUGUGGCGCAGUAGUUCUGGUUCCUUUUGCCUCUGGAAACACAUCAACAAUGGAUAUGUAGAAGAAGGUAAAGAAUUUCUCUGUUGUACAUUUCAGUAUAAUUUAAAAUUAAUUUUAUUGAAAAAAAGAAUGCUGAAGAAUGAAUGUGUUUUAGUGGGUUAACUGUGCACAUUUCUUUUUUGUUGUCCCUCACCUGUCAUUAGUGAAUAACACUUUGCACUGGGUUGUUCUAUGACAGUGGUAACAUUAGAAUGUGAAGAUCUUUUGCCUGAUCCCAGCAGCAUUCCCCUCCCACCCUAUGGUUUGUUUUUCUUCAUUGCUUUCCGAGCCCUUUUCAUGCCCCCAAAUAAGUGCUGGGUUGUAAGAAUCAGUGUGUUUCCCAGCAAAGUCCUCCAUCUCAUCAGACUAAAAAAAUAAUAAUAAUUUUAAGUCACAUGUUUGUCCUAUUCUUGGUGUAAUUUUAUUGUAUGUCUCUAAGUUAACUACUAACAAUAUAAAUAACUUGACAUUAUAAUUGACUGCAUCAUGUCUUUGAUAUUUUUAGUGGUUCCACAUCUUUGUUUUUAUAUUCGCAUGCUGUGUCCAUUGAGAAAGUAAGCACUUUUUCAUGAAAUUAUAUUUUGAAAGUUUGGAAGAUGAUUUAUUGAAACAAUCUGUUAUUUUAUAGAUGUUUCUUUGGAAAAAAAGUUUUGAAGUUCAUUCUCCACCUCAACUACUGUUUGGGGUUAAAAUGAACAUAGAUCUUCUACUAUAUGCAAUUUCCAGUAUGGAAGGGGAUGUGUACUAUUUACAUGCAUGCCCCUUAUUUAAAAGGGAAGGAUAAUAUUCAAAUUCUGUUAAAAAAGAGAAGAAACAGGAAAGCUGUUGAGCUUCUUAAAGAGUGAGCUGGCACUCUCAGCUACGGUCAGUUAUAGCUGUGGCUGUCCUGUUGGCACCUUAUUGCCAAGCUGACACAUGUUCAGCACUUAAGAGCUGUAGAGAAAUAGCUGAACCGUCACCUCUCCUGGAUAGGGUACAGGGCCUUGGGUGGAGAAGGCUUGCUGACCCCAUCCAGUCUGGGCUUAACAGCUAUGCCAGAGGAUUCAGAAAAAUUAUUAAACUUCCUAGAGUGAGCCAUUGCUCUUACUUGCUGUAAAAUUGAGCCCAUUUACAUCUACUUCAAAGAUAUAUUUGCUCUGGAGUAAAACAUAAGGUUAAUCUCUCUUUUAGAAAAGAAAUAUGAAUUGGAAAAUAGCCCGAGAGCUCUUUUGUCUCAAGCUUAUUCCAAGGAAAAUUUACACAUCCCCAAUUAACAUUUGAUUUAUCCUGAUGUGGCUGAGAAGUACAUCUAAGUAUAAUUUGUUAAGAGUACACUGUGAGGUUGGAAUGAGCUGCUUACUGGGGCAGUAGCAAGUUGUGAUGGGGUCUGGUUUGGGGGUCCUGGGCGCAUCCCCACAGCUGCUCUAAUGGGACUGUUUCUGCUGGAAGAACUGAAAACACUGCUUUGCCAGCACCUGGUACUCGUGUGGUCAAAGGAAAAGUCAGUCGGUGUAGAAGUCUUUGUACCAGGCCAUUUUAGAAGGGUUUAAGAGUAUUACAUAAUUCCUAGAUGUUUGAUCCUUCUUACAUUUGGCCUAUUAAAAAGGACAAAAGUCAGCACAAACUUUCUCAUUGUUUUAGAUUUAUGUGGUUGGGAUAUUUUAACAUUGUCAGUGAAGAUUAUUGACAUGUAUAUUAUAUUUAUAAAAUUAUGUUAUAAUAAAUCUUGAUUUCAUAAUCAAAGGGAAUCAAUGAAACAAAGCCUAAAAAUAAGAGAUUCCUUUAAGCUGCUAUAUAACAUGUGGAAUAAAUUUAAAACUUUUGUGAAUCCAAGUUUAUUCCUUUUAUCCUAAAACAUUCUCUUUGGUUCAUUUACCCACUGACUUCAUGAAUUUGGGCUUAUUGUUUUUCCUUCUUUAUGUUUAUGUAUUUAUGCUAUUUCAGCAAAAUGUCUGGGAGUUAGCUCUUAUUUCACCUUUAAAGCACUUGUGCCUCUGAUUAGUCACUUCCCUGUCAUUGCAGUUUCAAAUUCUGUGUGUAAAAAGGAGAGGCCAGUUAUUGAGGCAUUCUGUGGAAAGUGUGCAAAGUGUGCAUCCCGAUCAAGAAAAACAGUGACAACAGAACCCAAUCUAUCGUAAACAAGGUCUAGCUUUGAUUAGAGGUUUCAAAUAUGCCAUCCAGGUAGUGGGAGCAAUUGUUUUAAGGGCCCACCGGCCAUUACCAAAUAGUGUUUACUGGUUGGCAAUGGGAUUUAAUUAGAUUAAAAAUAGCAAAGUAUGUUUCUUCUGAUGUUUUUUUUUCGUUCUCUCAGAAUUUGUAACUGGGCCAACUCAAUACAACAUUUGACUUUUCAUGGAGUUGUUUUUUGUGAUAAAUGUUUCAGAAUUUUAACAUAUUAAGAAAAAAACAAAGUUCUCAAAGUUUGACCUUGAUCAGAUGAUGUAAAUCUGUACACAUACUUUGAAAUGUGCUGAUGUAAGAUAAGACUUAUUUGUAUGAUUUAAUCACAUGUAAUUUUUUCUCAUUUAUGUUGAGGGAAAGGUUUCUAUGCCAUUCAAAGGUGUUUUUGCCAAAUUAACUCCUCCCCAUCCUGCAUGAGGGAUUGACUUCCUUAGUUGCUUGUACCUGGGAAGGAUUUAGGCUUCCUUCGGGUCCGUGGCAGGUUGGGAGGGCAUGGGGAUGGGUGGGGUGGGUGUCACAGACAGAAGAUAGUGGUGGGAUGGGGCAAAGGAAGAAAGUUAAUUUGCUGGUAAAAAUCAUUCCCUUUCAACCAUAAAGCCCCAAAGAAAUGACUUGAGUUAAGGGCUGUUUUUUUUUUCUUUUUCUUAUAGCAGAGUAGUUGAAUAAUAAUUAUUAUAAGAUCGCGCUACUUUAUUUUUGAGUUUGGAGCUGCCGAAUGUACUCGGAUGCCAUUUGCUUUCCAUCAGAACUUUGCGCAGGCGUCAUGUUGCUCGGGGUGUCAUCCAGGUGUCCCCGAGGUGAGGGUACACCUGGGUCCAGAGCACAAGCGGCUCUGGCAACCUCUGCCGACACGUGACCUCAUGUGCGCUCUCAGUGAGUUGUCUGGUUGGUCAGUUGUGCUCAUUGUUACAAAUCCAUUAAGGUUCUAGUAAAACCACUAAAAUAACAAGAUUUGGCUGUGUUCUUUGUGAGAUUCAUGAUUCAAGAGGGAGCUUUAAUUGUUUAAAUUUUACAAAAAGAAUUUCUUUUUCUUAAAGCUCCAAUGUGAUUUUCCCUGCCACAUAAGGUUUACUUGAGAAACUUGAAUUAAUUACUGAAAUUCAUGCUCAUAUGAAUGUUUUUAUCCAACACAUUUUUAAAAAAUUUUUUAUAGAGUUACAGAGAGUUGAACUCUGAAAUGACACUCAUUUGUUUCCCUAAGUAAUAGUGAAUAUUACAUUUUCUUUGUCCUCAAAGAACUGAGACCUAUGCUAUUAGAACAGAAUAACGAUAUGUCCAUUCAUUCCUGCAGGCUUGGACGCUGCAGAUGCUGCCCAAUCCCCCCAAAGGCCUGGGGGUGGGGGGUAUGGACGGCCAGUCCCUUCGCUGGCUCUGGGGCCAAGUUCCUGAUGUUGCCAUGGUAGUGUUGAUUGAUAAAGGCAGACCCCAAAUUUUAAAUUGCUUUUAUCUUAAAAACACACACACACACACACAAACUCCACCACUACAGAAAGUGAGUUAACGGUAAAUGCAUUUGAUUGAACACAUAUAGGAAAAAAAAAAUUUUUGAACUGCAUUUUGGAGAAGUCUUAUAGCAGAGUUAAUUCUUCUAUUCCCCCUUUAGAAACUUCCAUGAAAACUGGCAAAUGUGUUUCUACAUUUUUGGUUCUGUCCUAAAUAUAAAAUGUCUUUGAUGAAAGGGUAGGGAAUGGAGAAAUAUUUCCAACUGUAUACUCAAAUCACAACAGACUUGAAACUUAAUUUUUUCUUAGUUGAUUAUAUUUCAUGAUGUAUAUAUUAAUGUGGUUUAUAAGCUAAACACAGGUCAUUUUUAGUUCUAUUGUUAAAUUGUAUUUUUCUGUGUUUUAACUAAUUAUAAUAGAUUUGCCUUUUUCCAGGUAACAUAAAGAUUCCUAAGCUGCAUAUAUAAAAAACAAGAGUUCUAUUUUAGCACAAAAGCAUUUUAUAUUAUUUAUUGAAUCGUAAAUUUGUUUUAGUCAAAAGCAUCCCAUAUCAUUUCUGCUCCUUUUUAUUUGUAUAGUGCGUUAUUUAAAGAAAUGGCAGUCCUUUUUCUGUGUUUCAUAAAAUAAAAUUGAAAUGAUAUUUUUUCCAAUAUGACUAAUUUACCCUUUUGGAAAAUUAGAAGUUUCCGUAAAUGUAAAGUCAACUCCUAUAUAAAGAGUGUAGCAACGCGGGGGCACCCAUGUCUUCUCACUACUCUGGAAUAUUUUUAACACUGACUUAUCUUCUGGUCUGUGCUGAGAGGCGUACGCACUUUGAUCGUCCCAUCCGACAGCAAGCUUGCUGGGAAAUCCUGCUUUCAUCUACCUCUUCAGAAAGCCUCCUGCUUGUUUGCAAGUGCACUGAAUGCUUUAUUCUAGUUUGGCUGUAUUAUAAGAGAAUGUCAGUGAGACAUUGUCUUGUGAUUCCUUAUUUCCCAGGUUUGUUUUUAACACCCUAGUGUUAUUUAGGGACUCUUGUGAGCCGGGCAGAUAGAAAUAAAUCCCUUCUAUGUAUACUUUAGGAUUUGAAGUUCUACUCUACAGCAUAAUGUCUUAACCCUUAUUGUGCCAGAAUCUCCCAGAUUAGCCUUGCCAUUGCCUCAAGACUUGAUUAUUGCACCUGAUUUAUCAGCUACUAAAUGGGAAGGUAUUCUUCUAUACUCUCCUUCGGCUAGCCCUUCUUUAGACAUGACAGGCUGUGUUUUAAACCACUGCUUUUAGGACUAGCACAUUUGAAUGUGACAUUACUCCUCCGUUUCACAAUGGUUUGGAAAAUGAGAAUCCUAAUGGCAAGAGCCCUCAUGUAUGAUUAAAAUUUUGCAAGAGGUCUCCCUGUCUUAAUUUUGAAGGCUCCCCUUAAUGAUUCAUGCAAAAUAGAAUGAAGGUCUUUCUCUGUGAGAGAGAGUUUGUCCUCACUUGCUAAUAUUUUUCUUUGCCUGAUUUCAUAGCUACGUAUCCAUCGGACAGUAACAUUCACCAUAUUCAUGGCAAAGUACAAAACCAUUAAAGAAAUGAAUCAGUUUUCUCUUGUACGUUGCUCUUCCAAGUGAAGCCAGUGAACUAGAUAUUGUAAAUCUAGAUAUUGUAUCUAUAAAAUUAUCAUUUGUUUUAUCUCUUUUCAUAUUUAUUGUGCCAGUGAAGGAUUAAACUCCCUUCUCAGUAUACUACUUGAUAGUGCACUUUGAAAUUGUCUCCUCCGUGGAGAUCCUCAUCCAAGUCCACGGUCACCACCUUGCCUGAGAUGUGCCACACGGGUUCAAGUCACACCACCUGCGGCAGUUUUUUGGGAGCAGCGAGGCUGGUUUCUGUGUUGGUGAAUUGCUUAUAUAACAAAAUCUCAAUAAAAAGAAUCUGUGCAAAGA